AUUGAUCUAUCGCUUUAAUUGAUUAUGAUAAAUCAGCAGAUUCUUCAAGAAAUACCUAUUUCAAAUAUUGAAGUUGCUGAAAUUCCUCUCAAGUAAUUUAGCUAAAGAAAAAUAUUUAGUCAAGAUGCGCCCAAGAAGAAAAAUAAUAAGUAUUAAAUAGUUCUUUCCAGACAUCAAAAAAAGGAUUAAAGUUUAUUUACUGAGCCUUCCAAAGUGAAGAGUGUCAGAUUUAAGGAGGAGAUUGAAAUUAUAGAUGGAGAUAUUUUAUAUAAUCAUGAGCAAACAACAGCUUAGCUUGUAUAAAGAGAAGAAGAAAAAGCUCCUGUUCCAUCAAUCCUGUUUCCUGUCAAUAAAAUCAGCUUUCCUAUAAGUAUGGAUUAAGUUAGAUAAUAAAUUGAUAGUGAUCUUCUUUUAUCAUUCUAAAAAUAAACUAAAAAUAUACAAACUCCUCCUGAAAUCCCAAAAAGAUUUUAAAGUGUCAGCAGACAAGAAAGAGAUAAAAAAGCUAAUCGCUUAAAUAAUGCGUUUGAUCCUUGGAACGUCAAUUAUACAUUUGCACCCGUAUCAAAUAGGUCUUCUUCUUCAUAAACUUCUUCAGCAUAGCAUAAUCUGAAAAGCCAAAACAAUUCUUAUCAAUAUAUAUAGGAAUAUAGUGAAUAGUAUUCUUAUAGAAGCUUUUAUAAAGUAAGCACAAAUUCCUCUAAUAAUAACAUAAAUUCAUCUCUAACUAGACCUAAAACGAAUCAGAAAUCACCAAAUGAUAAUUUAAACAAUCAUUAUCCUAUUUCAAACACAACACCAAUAGAAUAAUUAGUUGUCUAAUCUACUAAAAAUUCAUAUAAAACAAACUUCUCAUUUACAGAAACUGCUAGCAAUUAUAAAAAUUUUGCUCCUUCGAUUUCAAAUACUCCAACUAAGAUUUAUAAUUAAAACCGCUUAGAGUAUGUAGAAUAAGACAAUACUGAUAAUCUGCCUUAAAUAUAUAGAGUGGCUUUCAAUUCAAAAGCAACAACCCCAAUAAAUAGUAAUAAUUGUUCUACAAAAGCAUCAUCAUAAAUGACUAACAACUCUAUAAUAAUUCAUAAAGACGAAGAUUAGCAGCAACUUGGAGAAAUGCUUAAUCAGCUUAAAAAUCAUAUUAUCCUCAAAAAAUAAUAAAAUUAAAUUAAAACCAAAAGUAAGUCCCCAAGGAGACUUAAAAGACUAUCAAUUGAUAUAAGUAGCUAGCAGGUAAAAGACAAUAAUAAAACAUAAUAAAAAUUUUAAACCACAGCAUAUAAAUAAAGCAAUGAAUAGAAACCAAAUAAAAUGAUACCUGAUCAAAUAAAAAAUUCACUUUUUAAAAAAAUUGCAGAAUAAAGAUUAUAAAAAUAAAAUGAAGAAUGA